AUGGCGGUGAAGCGGAGCCGCCGCUCCGAGCUCGGUACCGGGGGGAAAACCCGGUUAAAAGCCCCGGUUCGGGCCCGCUUGGACCCCGAAACCUCCGGUUACUUCCGAAGGGCCCUGGAGACGCUGCACGAGGGGCUGAGUCCGGAGGAGUUCGCCCUUUUCGCCCCCAACGUCCUCCACGAGGCCUCCAGGAGCAUCCCCGCCCUCGCCCUGGACCCAUGGGGCUCCCGCCUGCUCCAGGCCCUUCUCCCCACGGCCCCAUUGCCGCUUAUGGGGCAGCUCCUGCCCCACCUCAUCCAAGGGGGGCUUCAGGGCCCUAUGGGGCACCCUUUGGGUGCUCGGGUGGAAGCCGCUAUAGGGCACUUGGGGGGCGCCGUGGGGGGGGAGCUGGUGACGAUCGCCAGGCACCCCCCAAGUAGCUUCGUGCUGCGGGCGCUGCUCCGGGUGCUGGGGGGGGCCCCCGAGGCAGCGCGCCCCCCUGGAGGGGCGUGGCCUGCAGCCCAGGAGGCGGAGCCAAAGGAGAAAGGGGCGGAGCCUGCAGCCAAUGGGGCGGGGCCAGAGGCAAAGGGGGCGGAGCUUCCGCCCUCCUUCCCCCCCCUGCUGGAGCAGCUGGCGGAGGCCUUUGAGAAGCACCUGCACUCCCUCCUGUCCCCGCCCUGCGCCAGCCUCUGCCUGCAGGUGGCGCUCGAGGUGCUGCACCGCAGCCAAUCGCCUGCCUGCGCCCGCCUCUGCCGCGCUCUCAUUGGCCAGCUCGCCCCCGGCCCCGGCGGCCUGGUGGCGGCGCUGGAGGACCCCGAACGCAGCCGGGUGCUGGAGGCGGCCAUGACGGUGCUGGCUCCGCCCCUUCUGCGGGAGCUCUUCCAAUGGGAGCUGCGGGGCCGCCUGAGGGCGUGGCCAAUCACCGAGUGGCCAAUCACGGCCUGCAGCGCCUGCUGGACCACGCCCCCGGUGACGUGGUGGAGGCGGUGCUCUCGGAACUCGGGCCCUCAUUGGCCGAGCCCUUGGCCCGGGGUCACCACGGGGUCCUCACGGCCCUCAUGGGUGCCUGCCGCCGGCACCCGCCCGUCCAGCAGGAGGCGCUGCGCUGCCUCCUCCAGGCUUUCGGCUGCUGGGAGCCAGCCAAUCGGCGCCGGGCCUGCGUGCGCCUCCUGGCUUCGCUCCGCCCCUUUGAGGGCGGGGACAAGGACCCCGAGGGGGCGGAGCUGGAGGUGAGCAAAGGGGGGGGGGGU